CUCAAAGGGGGCUGCCGGGGGGGGGGGGGGCGGCUGCGGGAGCGGCGGUGGAGCCAUGCAGAGCUGCGGGCGCUGGUGGGGGCUGCUGGCGGCCCGCGGGGGUCCGCGGCACCUGCGGGCGGCGGCAGCGACGUUGGGGGGCGGCCCAAGGCGGUGGGUCGGCGGCGAGGCGGCACGGUGCAUCGAGCAGCUCCUGCCGAGGCACGAUGACUUCUCCCGGCGGCACAUCGGACCCCGGGACGGGGACAAGCGGGAGAUGCUGCGAACCGUCGGGGUUCAGAGCGUCGAGGAACUGAUGGAUAAAACCAUCCCAGCCAGCAUCCGUCUUCGGAGGCCGCUGAGGAUGGAUGACCACGUAUGUGAAAAUGAAAUCCUUGAAACUCUAUACAAUAUUGCAAGCAAGAACAAGAUUUGGAGGUCUUACAUAGGCAUGGGUUAUUACAACUGCUCAGUGCCUCAGCCCAUUGCACGCAAUUUGCUGGAGAAUGCAGGAUGGGUUACCCAGUAUACUCCUUACCAACCUGAGGUGUCCCAGGGCAGGCUGGAGAGCCUGCUGAACUACCAGACUAUGGUGUGUGAUAUCACAGGGAUGGAUGUGGCUAAUGCAUCUUUACUGGAUGAGGGAACAGCUGCUGCAGAAGCCAUGCAACUAUGUCACAGGCACAACAAAAGAAGAAAGUUCUAUGUAGAUGCCCGAUGUCACCCUCAAACCAUAGCAGUGGUCCAAACUAGAGCCAAUUAUACAGGUGUUAUUAUUGAGCUUCAGUUACCUCAUAAGAUGGAUUUCAGUGGGAAGGAUGUUAGUGGAGUAUUAUUUCAGUAUCCGGACACUGAAGGGAAGGUGGAGGAUUUCUCUGAACUUGUUGAAAGAGCUCAUCAGAAUGGGGCUCUUGCUUGCUGUGCUUCUGAUCUUCUGGCCCUCUGUAUUCUGAAGCCUCCUGGAGAGUUUGGGGCAGAUGUUGUCCUGGGGAACUCCCAGAGGUUUGGUGUGCCACUCUGUUAUGGGGGACCCCAUGCAGCAUUCUUUGCUGUCAAGGAAAGUCUUGUGAGAAUGAUGCCAGGCAGAAUGGUGGGUGUUACGAGAGAUGCAAAUGGAAAGGAAGUGUAUCGACUUGCUUUGCAAACACGAGAGCAGCAUAUCAGGAGGGAUAAAGCUACCAGCAACAUCUGCACAGCACAGGCUCUUCUGGCUAACAUGGCAGCCAUGUUUGGUGUAUACCAUGGGGCUGAUGGAUUAAGACAUAUUGCAAGACGAGUACACAAUGCUACCCUAAUCUUGGCUGAAGGUCUCAGGAGAGCUGGUCAUAGACUACAUCAUGAUCUGUUCUUUGAUACCUUGACCGUCACGUGUGGAUGCUCAGUCAAAGAGGUUUUGGACAGGGCAGCUCUUAGAAAGAUAAAUUUUCGGAUUUAUAGUGAUGGCAAGCUUGGAGUAUCACUUGAUGAAACUGUAAAUGAGAAAGACCUAGAUGACAUACUAUGGAUUUUUGGUUGUGAGUCUUCAGCUGAGCUAAUUGCUGAGGGUAUGGGUGAGGAAACCAAAGGCAUCCUUAGCACAGCAUUUAAGAGAACUUCCAAAUUCUUGACACACCAAGUUUUCAACAGCUAUCACUCUGAGACAAAUAUCGUGCGGUACAUGAAAAGAUUAGAAAACAAAGAUAUUUCCCUUGUUCACAGCAUGAUUCCUUUGGGGUCCUGCACAAUGAAGCUCAAUAGUUCAGCUGAACUUACACCUAUUACAUGGAAAGAAUUUGCCAGCAUCCAUCCUUUUGUGCCUCUGGAUCAAGCUCAAGGGUACCAACAGCUUUUCAAGGAUUUAGAAAAAGACCUAUGUGAGAUUACUGGCUAUGACAAAAUCUCUUUCCAACCAAACAGUGGAGCCCAAGGAGAGUACACAGGUUUGGCUGCAAUCAAAGCUUACUUAAAUGCAAAAGGAGAACGUCACAGAUCUGUUUGCCUUAUUCCUAAAUCUGCUCAUGGUACAAAUCCAGCAAGUGCACAAAUGGCAGGGAUGAAGAUUCAGCCAAUUGAAGUGGAUAAAAAUGGGAGCAUUGAUAUUUGUCAUUUAAAAGCAAUGGUGGACAAGCACAAAGAGAACUUGGCAGCCAUUAUGAUCACCUACCCUUCCACCAAUGGUGUGUUUGAAGAGGAAAUCGGAGAUGUGUGUGACCUGAUUCACAAACAUGGGGGCCAGGUUUACUUAGAUGGAGCAAAUAUGAACGCCCAGGUGGGUCUGUGUCGUCCUGGAGAUUACGGCUCUGAUGUCUCUCACUUAAACCUUCACAAAACCUUUUGCAUUCCCCAUGGAGGAGGAGGACCUGGAAUGGGACCAAUUGGAGUGAAGAAACAUUUGGCUCCCUACUUGCCUACCCACCCUGUCAUCAAAGUACAGCCAGAUAAGGACGCAUGUCCUUUGGGUACUGUCAGUGCUGCACCUUGGGGUUCCAGUGCUAUAUUGCCAAUUUCCUGGGUGUAUAUCAAGACAAUGGGAGCAAAGGGUCUGAAACAUGCUUCUGAGAUUGCUAUACUAAAUGCAAACUAUAUGGCUAAAAGGCUAGAGAAGCACUACAAAAUCCUUUUCAGGGGAGCAAGAGGCUAUGUAGCCCAUGAAUUCAUUCUGGAUACAAGACCUUUCAAAAAAACAGCAAACAUUGAAGCUGUAGAUCUUGCUAAGAGACUUCAGGAUUAUGGUUUUCAUGCUCCAACCAUGUCCUGGCCAGUGGCAGGGACACUUAUGAUCGAGCCAACGGAGUCUGAAGACAAGGCAGAGCUGGACAGAUUUUGUGAUGCAAUGAUCAGUAUUAGGCAGGAAAUUGCUGAAAUAGAGGAGGGCAGGAUGGACCCCCAAAUUAACCCACUAAAGAUGUCACCACAUACACUGAACUGUGUCACUUCUUCCAAGUGGGAUCGUCCUUAUUCCAGAGAAGUGGCAGCAUUCCCACUGCCAUUUGUAAAGCCUGAAAGCAAGUUUUGGCCCACGAUUGCACGCAUUGAUGACCUCUAUGGAGAUCAGCAUCUGGUUUGUACGUGCCCACCGAUGGAAACCUACGAAUCUCCCUUUUCUGAACAGAAGAGAGCAUCUUCAUAAGCCUGCUGUGAGCUGCCUGGAUUUCUGAGUCUGUCAGGAGGGUGGCCUCUUCCUCCCAGACCUGAUUGGGGAUAUAUACUGUGUAUAUUCUGGAUAAUCACCAUCUUUGUUAAUUGAAUCACUGAUAGUUAAAAUGUAAAUACAAUCAGUACAUUAACUGUAAACAAACAGUGAUUGUUCACAAGCAGUUGACAUUGAAGUUGCCUGGAUUCAGCAUUUUGUCAGUUUUGUGGUAAAAUUUUAACAAUUAACACCCUAUUUGCAAAGUGGCAUGGAAGACAUGGUUAAAGUAGAAAAUUUGCAUAGGGCAAUAGUAAUGAAUAUUAACUGCAGGAGUAAUUGUUUAUAUUUUGUAAAAAAAGAUGAAGUAGAUUGUUUAAUUUACUUCAUGUAUUACCACUAGCAUUGCUAGUGUUAAGAUUUCAUACUGGUUUUUUUUUACCUACCAAUGUUAGUACUCUAAUAAAACUGUUCAGAAUUUUAAGUGUUUUCAUGUUCUGUGUUUUAACUUUCCAGUUGGAUUUAUCCAACAAAGCAGAACUACAGAGCGUGAGUUCUGAUUUGUUAGAAUUGCCAUAGGAGAAACAGAUUUUACACAAGGCAAAAUACUGGCAG